CAUAUCUUUUCUCCCGAGCGUGACCCCUCAACGCACUUUGAUCCCUCGACCCUGAAAGAACACUCUCUCUCUCUCUCUCUCUCUCAUCACUGCUCGCAGAUUCCCAACAAAUGGCCGACACCCAAGAGCGCAAAGCACGCGAUCAAGAAGAGGAAGCAGGGAUGCUGGCGGUCCGGCUGGCCAGCGCGGUGGUGCUCCCGAUGGUCCUCAAGUCGGCCCUCGAGCUCAACAUCAUCGACGCCCUCGUCUCCGCCGGCGGGUUCCUCUCGCCUGCCGAGAUAGCCAGCCGGGUCGGCGCCAAGAACCCUGGGGCUCCGGUCCUGGUGGACCGGAUGAUGCGCCUCUUGGCAAGCCACGGCGUGGUCGAGUGGCGUGCGAGGAGGAGCGACGGCGACGGCGACGGAGACGGAGAUGGAGGGGAGAGAGAGUACGGUGCGGGACCCAUGUGCAGGUCCUUGGCUAAGGACGAAGAAGGUGGUGCUGUUGGUCCUCUGUAUCUGCUGCAUCAUGACAAGGUCUUCAUGGAGAGUUGGUACCACUUGACUGAUGUCGUCAUGGAAGGAGGGGUUCCGUUCGAGAGGGCAUACGGGAUGACGGCAUUCGAGUAUCCAGCUAUUGACGAUAGGUUCAACCGAGUUUUCAACCGAGCCAUGUCGAGUCAUACGACCUUGAUAAUGACAAAAAUACUCGACCUCUACAGAGGGUUUGAAGGCAUCAAAGUGCUGGUCGAUGUGGGGGGCGGCGUCGGGGUCACUCUGAAGAUGAUCACCUCCAAGCAUCCCCACGUCAAGGGCAUCAAUUUCGACUUGCCUCACGUCUUGGCCACCGCGCCUCCUUAUCCAGGUGUCGAGCACGUUGGCGGAGACAUGUUUGAGAGUGUUCCUAGAGGGGAUGCCAUUUUCAUGAAGUGGAUACUCCACGAUUGGAGCGAUGAGCAUUGCUCGAAACUUCUAAAGAACUGUUAUGAGGCUUUGCCUGCCAAUGGGAAGGUGAUCAUCGUGGAGUCGAUUCUUCCCACGGUUCCAGAGGGAAAUGUCUAUUCGAACAUUGUGUUCGCGCAAGACCUGUUCAUGUUGGCUCAAAAUCCCGGCGGGAAAGAGAGGACGCAAAAGGCGUUUGAGGCCUUGGCGGUGCAAGCGGGAUUCGCCGGCUGCGAGGUUAAAUGCUCCGCGUACAACAGUUGGGUGAUGGAGCUCCCCAAAACGGUGGGUCUCUAGGUCUUUUGAGGUCUAUUCCAAAAUGCACUUAAACCUCGGAACAAAUGUUGGAUUCUCUAUUUUAUGAUCCUCUUGAUGGUGUGAAUCAGAUGAUUUCCUUCUAUACUAGUAGAAGAAAUCACAGGAGGCACUUUCCCUAUAA